AUGUCUGCUAAUGAUCCUAAUAUUGAUUUAGUAACAAAAAACGAUGUUUUACAAAGUAUUUUACCAGAAUUCAUAAAAAUCGUUCGAAAAAUAUUACCAGAAGAACUUCCAUUAAAUAUGUAUGUAUAUAAUGUUGAAUAUACAGAAGGUGCAUGUAAACGUUUAAUUGGAACUUUAUAUAUGUCAAAUUUUCGACUUGUAUUUGCGCCAGAUGACGAAACUGACGAAAAUAAUUCAAUAUCCUCUGGAAAUAAAUAUAUUGGUGAUUAUGACAUUCCAUUAGCUUCAAUUUAUAAAAUAAAUGUUGCACCGGUCAAUUCUCGAAUAGGAUUUAAAUCAUUUUUAAAUGAAAAUCAACUACAAUCAGAAACACGAACAUUUACAAUUAUUACACGGGAUUUUCGAAAUAUAACAUUUACCAAAUGUUCAGUUACAAAAUCAAAUACAGCUACAAUUAAACAACCAGAAAUAUCAGUAACAAAAAUGGAAAAAUAUAUUGAUGCAUUAAAAUUUCAUAGUCGUUUUCAAAGUAGAGAACAAUUAUAUCUAUAUACUGCAUUACAACAAAGUUCUACAAAAAGAUUUUCUCCAAAAUAUAAUCGUGGUUAUAUAUUAUCAUCAAUGGGAAGUUCACCAUUACUAGAUCAUGAUACAACAGAUUAUGAUUUGAAUAAUGAUGAAUAUAUAAAAAGUUAUAUGACUUUUGAUGAUUGGAGAGAUGAAUUAUAUGAAGCAAAUGAACAACAAUGGAUUGUUGAUCAAAAGAAAUUUGAUGAAGAAUCUACUAUAAAAAGUGAAGGUCCUUAUGUUCGUUUAAUAUAUAGUAAAGACAAUGAUGGUUCUGGUGAUUUGAUUUGGCAUUGGACACAUACAUCUCAAAUUGAAAAUAAUAGUAACAAUAGAAGACAAGUACAAACACAAAAAUAUAUGCUUAUUACUGUUCCAGGAAUUGGAGAAACCACGAGUAGUGUAGAACCGGAAACACCAACGAGUUUACCAUCUAAUAUAUCAUCAUCACCAUUUCGUUUUUUUAAAAUAAAAAAAAAUAUAUUGAAACCUUUACGUCGAAAUACUCUUGAUACUCCAAAAUUAGUAAAUACAAAUGAAAAUAAAACAACAACUAGUGACUUAAGUGACUUGUCGCAAAUGCCGCCCGAUGAUGGUUUACGUCGUGUUACAACAGAUACAAAUUUAGUUCCUACAUCUGAUUAUCUAUAUGAACAACCAUUUCAACGUUAUAAUCUAUCAAAAUUUCCAUGUAAUUUAAAACGUUUACAAGCAAGUUAUGAAAAAUUAAUUGAAAUAUGUGUAAUAGCACCUGAUGAUGAUGAUGAUAAAUGGUUGACAAAAUUAAAUACAUGUAAAUGGCUUAAAUUUGUUUCAAAAGCUUUACAUGGUGCUGCAUCUUUAGCUAAAUUACUUGAUUUUACAAAUAUCGAAUUAGUUGGAAGUGAUACAGAUAAUAGUUGUUUAAUGUCAUCAUUAGUACAAAUUUUACUUCGACCAAAAUGUCGUACAAUAAAAGGUUUUUGUGAAUUAAUUGUUCGUGAAUGGCUUAUUCGUGGUCAUAAAUUUCUUGAACGUUGUGGACAAAUACUUUUUGAUGGAAAUGGAAAUCCUGUACAAGAAUCACCAGUUUUUCUUCUUUUUCUUGAUUGUGUUCAUCAAUUAAUUGUUCAAAAUCCAUUUUCAUUUGAAUUUACUGAUUAUCUUUUACUUGAAUUUUAUCGUAAUGUUUGUUAUUGUUAUCAUCAUACAUUUGUUUUUAAUGACGUUCUUGAACGUCUUCAAAUAAUACAUAAUUAUCCAAAAAAUAUGUUUGUUUUAUCAUCAUUUGAUUUUUCAAAAUAUCUUGAUCCAGAAAUAUGUCGUUUAUUAAAAAAUGAUGCAUCAAUAUUUAAUUUACAAACAUCAUCAUCAUCAUCUUCUUCUAAUGAAAAACUAAAAUCUCGAAUUGAAGCAACAGUUAUUUAUCCAACAUCAUCAUCAUCAUCAUCUCCUCAAUAUCCAAAUCGAACUGUUUAUUAUUUAGAAACACCAAAAUCAAGAAUAUCUAUACUUGAUAUUCCAAUAACAAAUGCACCAGGAACAUUAAAUCCUGAACAAUAUGAAUAUGAUAAUAUUGAAUCACCUCAAAUAUUUCCAGAUGAUCUUCAUGUUGAUUGGCGUACAUUUAAUUUAGUUUUAUGGUCAAAAUGUUAUUGUCGUUAUGAUCAAAAUUAUAUACCGACAUUAUUAGAACGACAAUUAUCAUCAGACAUAAAUUGUCUUAAACAAAAUAUAGAAAAUAUAUGUAUACAAUCAAGACGACAGAUAUUAUUAGAUACAUUUCAACAUGUUGGUCAUGCUAAUUCAUGGUAUCCACAAACAUUAGUGACUCGUGUAUAA